AUGUCGGGAGUCUACACCAGGUCUUUCCGAUGGAAAAUGCGGAUAAUUUUCGCUGUGACCUUCGUCAUUGGAAUGGUUCCGCUCUUGUUCUGGAUGACCAAAUUGAUCCUACCAUGGGAGAACUACGGCGGAAGUAUAAUGGUCAAAACAUUGCCAAGGCAGUUUUCUUCUCAGAGACAGGACAGCGACAGUGAUUUAAAGAAAACAGUAGACAUUGAUGAAAAGGCGCAAGACAAGAGUUUGGAGGAAUAUGAACCCAAAAAGAUCAAGAUUUACAAUUUCUCCGAUAUUAUCAGGGAUUUUAAUAUUUCUCUAUACAAAGAUAUAGAUCCAUACCGUUUCUGUAUCAACGUCACCAAAACUCACGAAACAUCUGUGAACCGUCAGGUAUUAGAUACACGUCCUGGUGAGUGCAACUCUGUCAAAUACAAUAUCAUGUCACUUCCGGUGGCGUCCAUCGUGAUACCUGUCUUUAACGAACCAUGGUCAACAUUCGAGAGACUUAUAAACAGCAUUCUGAAGCAUUCACCUCGAUUGCUUCUUCAAGAAAUUAUCAUCAUUGAUGACAAAAGCGAUUUGGAUUAUUUAGGAGCCCCAUUGCAAAAGUACGUGGAACAGUUCGUUUUUAUGCAUCUCCAUAGAACAAAAGAGAGACUUGGGACUAUGAAAACAAGAGUAAUGGGUACAAAGUUGGCCAAAGCGGACGUGGUAGUUUUCCUGGAUUCACAUACGGAAGUCAAUGCUGGGUGGCUUGAACCCUUAUUGUACGAAAUAAGUCAAAACGGAACUGCAAUCGUGCAACCCUCUAUUGACAUCAUAGAUGCACAGACAUUCGAAUACAGUAAGUACUUUGAUAACAACAUAAGAGGCCAUUUUAAAUGGAGUAUGGCUUAUACAUUUGUCCCAUUAACCCCACAACAAAUGACAGCGGUAAGAGCACAGCCGACGAAAGCAUUCGACACCCCUGCCAUUGUGGGUUGCGCAUUUGCAGUUAACCGGAAAUAUUUUCUUGACAUUGGAGGGCUUGAUACGGGCAUGCGCACCUGGGGCGGGGAGGACGUAGAACUCUCCAUCAGGGUUUGGCUUUGUGGCGGAAGUAUGAAAAUCUCGCCAUGCUCUCACGUUGCUCACAUUUUCAAAGCGGGUCAUCCAUUCAAAAUGGAAUAUUCUGAUCUUGUCUACAACAACAGACGAACGGCGGAGAUGUGGCUCGGGGACUACAGGAAAUAUUUCUAUUAUUUUAAUGCUGGAUUUGCCAAACCCCCAGAGGCGACAGAUAAAUUCGAUAUUAUGGAUCCAGUAAAAAAGAAGUUUAAAUGUAAAGGCUUCGGUUGGUUUCUCCAAAAUGUUUUCCCCGAACUCGAAGUUCCACCAGAAGGGACUCUAUAUUUUGGAACCUUACGUAAUAGUGCGUCAGACUGUGUCGGUCCGUCUGACUCUGUCAAACUACAAUCCUACCCUUUACUGGUUUCUGCCUACUGUUAUCUUUACUACAAAGCCAGAAACUUUGCUCUCCUUGAAAAUGGCCGUUUAAUGAUUGAUGGCAAAUGUAUCAAGGUUAGACAAGACUUGUUAGUCGUUGGUCCAUGUACAAACGGGAUUGGUAAGUGGAGUUUGAAAGAAAAGCUACUUAUGUACAUCGACGGUUCAAUUUCAAAAUGUGCAACACAGGUGACCAAGGUCAUUAACUCCGAAAAACUACAGGUCAUCAAAUUAAUGCCGUGUAUAGAUACUACUAAGACAUCGGAGUGGGAGUUUGCUAAUAAAAUAUUCAAAGGUUAG